ACGCGUGUCCGAAGCCGUGCGCAUGCGUGCUAUCCGGAUUGCCCAGGUCACUACCUGCGCGUGCCAGCGUGGGUAUGCUCCUGCACCAGAAGGGGUGACCCUCCCAUCUGCCUGGCCGCACUCAGCAGGAUGGCCUUCGCCCCAGCUUGGCCACCUGGGCGGAGAGGACAGCACGGACCCCGGGCACCAGAGCAGGGACGACCACGGAGGAUGUCUGAGGACCCAGACUCUGCCCUCCCCCGAGAGAUGAGCGGAGGUCGGCACAAGGAGGGAGCGAUCUCUGGGCUCCCGGCAGCCCCCGGCUUGGAGUCCGUGACAUUCCAGGAUGUGACUGUGGACUUUACCCAGAGGGAAUGGAGGCAGCUGACCCAGGCCCAGAAGAGCCUGUACCGGCAGGUCAUGCUGGAGAACUAUGAGAACUUUGUCUCCCUGGGGCUUCCGGUUUCCAAGCCAGAGCUGAUCUCCCAGCUGGAGUGUGGGGAAGGCCCAUGGAUGCUGUUGGAGGAAGAGCCGAGAAGCCCCUGUGCAGAUUGGGAGACUCAGUCAGAGACCAAGAAGACAAUCCCUAUACAGUGCAUUUCCCUGAAAGACAUAUCCCAGGAAAGACUCACAAAGGGUGGUCCCAGGGACUGUAAAUUUGGAGAAGUUGGAAACUGUAAAAACUCUGACAGGCAUAAAGCCAAUAACCAAGCAAGAGAUCUGAUGCAAGGAAGUCAGGAUACAAAUUUUAAUAAGGACAGAGGCCAUAAAGGGAAUCAAUUUGUGAAAAGUUUCAAUCAGAAGUCAAUCCUUGAUACACAAAACAAUGUUUCUUUAGAAAAGAGUCUUUCUAAGUAUGAUACACAUAGAAAUAACUUCAUACUUUCUUCAGAACUGAGUGAUCACAGUGGAGUCUCCUCAGGAAAGAAAUCUCAUAAGGACAGCAGAUGUAGUAAAGCCCUCAGUGAUUCCUCAGACCUUAACGGAGAUCCAGGAAGAGCUGCUAAAGAGAAAUCCUAUGCAUGUACUGAAUUUGGCAAUGCUUCCCACCAGCGGCGACACCUUACUCAAUGUCAUAGAAGUCAUUCUUCUGGUAAACCAUAUAUCUGUAGAGAUUGUGGGAAAACCUUCAGCCAGAUCACACACCUUAUUCAGCAUCAGGGAAUUCAUGAUGGGGAGAGACCCUAUAAAUGUAGUGACUGUGGAAAAGCCUUCACCAAUAGUUCAUCACUUAUUCUACAUCACAUAAUUCAUAGUGGAGAGAAACCCUAUGAAUGUCAUGAAUGUAGGAAGCUCUUCAGCAAUCGAACAGGACUAUUUGUACAUUUGAGAAUUCAUACUGGAGAGAAACCCUUUCAGUGUAACAUAUGUAAAAAAGCCUUCAGCCAGAAAGGGGACCUUUCUAGACACCAGAAAGUUCAUACAGGAGAGAAACCUUAUAAGUGUAAUGUAUGUGAAAAAGCUUUUAGCCAGCAAGGACAUCUUACUGCACAUCAGCGAAUUCAUAAUGGAGAAAAACCCUAUAAAUGUAAUGAAUGUGGAAAAGCAUUCAGCAAUAGCUCAUCCCUUAUUCUGCAUCACAGAAUUCAUAGUGGAGAGAAACCCUAUGAAUGUCAUGAAUGUGGGAAGCCUUUCAGUAAUCAUGCAGGCCUCAUUGUACAUCAAAGAAUUCAUACUGGUGAGAAACCCUAUAAAUGUAACAUAUGUGAAAAAGCCUUCAGCCAGAAGGGUCAUCUUUCUGAACAUCAGAGAAUUCAUACUAGAGAGAAACCGUAUAAUUGCAAUAUAUGCAAGAAGGCCUUUAGCCAGAGGGGAGACCUUUUUCGACAUCAAAAAAUUCAUAAUGGAGAGAAACCUUAUGAUUGUAAUGAAUGUGGAAAAGCUUUCAGCCAGAAGGGAGACCUUACUAAACAUCAAAGAAUUCAUAGUGGUGAGAAACCUUAUAAAUGUAACAAAUGUGGUAAAGCCUUUAGCAUCAGCUCACAGCUCAAUAUGCAUGAAAGAAUUCACACUGGAGAGAAGCCCUAUAAAUGUAAUCUAUGUGAAAAAGCCUUCAUCCAGAAAGGACGUCUUACUGAACAUUACAGAAUUCAUAAUGGAGAUAAACCUCAUAAAUGUACUGAAUGUGGGAAGGCCUUCAGCCAAAUUACAUACCUUACUCGGCAUGAGAGAAUUCAUACUGGAGAGAAACCAUAUAAAUGCAGUGAAUGUGAGAAAGCCUUCAGCAAUAGCUCUGCACUCAAUGUACAUCAGAAAAUUCACACUGGUGUGAAAUCCCAUGUAUGUCUUGAGUGUGGGAAGGCCUUCCUCCAAGGUAUAGGCCUUAGUUUACAUCAGAGAAUUCAUACUGGAGAAAAACCAUAUAAAUGUGACAUAUGUGAAAAAGCCUUCAGCCAGCGGGGAGACCUUUCUCGACACCAGAAAAUUCAUAAUGGAGAGAAACCCUAUAAGUGUAGUGACUGUGGAAAAGCUUUCACCCAGAGGGGACACCUUACUGAACACCAGAGAGUCCAUAGUGGGGAGAAACCAUAUAAAUGUAAAGAUUGUGGUAAAGCCUUUAGCAACAGCUCACAGGUCACUCUUCAUUACAGAAUACAUACGGGAGAGAAACCUUAUAAAUGUAAUGAAUGUGGACAGGCCUUUAGUCGUCCAGGGAGCCUCAGUGAACACCAGAAAAUUCAUUCUGUAGAGAAACCUUAUAAAUGUAGUGAAUGUGGAAAAGCCUUCAGCCGCAAUCUGUACCUUAGCCGUCAUCAAACGGUUCAUAGCGGGGAAAAGUGCUAUCCAUGUAAUGAAUGUAGUAAAGCCUUCCGAAAUGGCCAUUGUCUUACUCUCCAUCAGAGAAUUCAUAGUGGAGAAAAACCCUAUCAAUGUAGUGAAUGUGGAAAAGCUUUUGGCAGGAAACUAUACCUAACUCAACAUCAGAGAAUACAUAGUGGUGAGAAACCUUAUGAAUGUACUACAUGUGGUAAGGCCUUCACUCGGUGUACAACACUUAUUCAGCAUCAGAAAAUUCAUACUAGAAAUAAACCCUAGAAAUUUAAAGUAGACAUGUACUCCCAGACAUUAAAACAUAUUACAAACUUCUUUUAAUCAGAAUAUUCUAGUACUGGCAGGAGGGUAAGGAGACAGAAUAGGGAUACUGUCUAUCUAACAAAAUAGAGACAAAAUAUUAAUGUUUUAUAAACUUAUCAAAAAUACAAACUAGCAAAAGAAGUUCCCCCUGAUUUGUAGCCUCAUAUAUAUGUAAAAUGAACUAAAAAGGCAGGGGAGGGGAAAGAAAAUGGGGUUAUGCAAUUAUUUCAACUGUACAAUUAAGAAAAGGUAUUAAAGAAUUUGGAGGAAUUAGAAGGGUCAAGCUAAGAUGUAUUUAAGGACAAAAAAAAUGGAAAAGUAUGAAAGUAAUAUAACCAAAGUAAAAGAGCAGUUGUGAAAAGUGUUGAUAUCAAAUAUGAUAAAUAUGAAAAGAACUACUAAAAAUCUACAAAGGUAGCUCUUAGUCCACAAUAGGGAAAUGGUCAGUGGGUAUGAAGAGAUCAUUUUCAAAUGAGGAAACAAAUUGCUAAUAACACAGAAAGUGUUCAGUCUCAAUCAAAAUUAUAUACAUUGAAGUAUCAUUGAGAUACUCAUCAAAUUAUCAAAAAAAUGAUUAGAAACUGCUUGUGGAAUUGAAGAGAGAUAUUGGUGGUAGAAAGAGACUUUAGAAAACAGUUCCUCAGUACACAGUAAAUGUCACAAAAAAACACAAAACACUUGUUGAUCAUUGCAUUGGUUAACUAUAUACUCUAAAAGUGUUAUCAGAAACAAAACAGCUAUCUGGUCUAUGAUUUUAAUAUUUCAUAUUUAUAAUAAAAAGAACUGAAAGCAAGUGUUAAAUUGUGAGACAUUCAUAUGAUGAAAUCCCAUUAUGUAAUUAAAAUAGGCAACUUUGAGGAAUAUGAUGAAAUGUAGAUGAGGGUCUUUAUGACAAAGUACAGAAUGUAACCACAACAAACAAAAUAAAGGUCGCAAUAGCUACUACCAUGUAAGAGUGAUUGAAAUGAAAGAACAAGAAUGUAAGAGAGACUUGUGGAGUAACUGAAAACUUAUUGGACUUCUGCAUAUUCAGAUUCUUUCCAUAUAAGUGACUGUGUAGUAUCACUGUUCUGUAAGAAGUGAUAAACAUGUUGAAUAUGGAGGUGCACGUGAAAACUUAAAUGAGCUGAUACAAAGUUAACUAAACAGAACUGGGAAAAGAACAGCUUCACAAUAACUACAACAAUGGAAAUGGAAAUAACCCAACAGCAAAAUGAUAAAAAAUUAAUGCUGUGAAAUUAUAAUGACUAAGCUUGGCUCCAAAGAAGUGAUUUGAGACUUAUAUACUCUUUCAUACACUGCCAUGAUGGAAAUCUGUGAUAAAGAGAAACUGAGGCAAAAAGUUCUGCACACAAUCAAUUUAUUAGCAAAGUUAACAGUUGCCAAUAAGUGAGGUCAGUGGCUCCUCAGUAGCCAUAGACAAAUGAGGUUUACAGAGCUUAUUUUUAUAAUCAUAAAAAAAGGAAUGAAGUAUUACAUAUUCUUGGGAAACUUGAUUGAAUUCUGAUUGGAUGGUGCAUGACACUUGACUUGAGGUUAAGCUAGGUACAUUGUGGAACAAUCUGAGACUAGCUAGGCACUAUUGCCCAUCUGGUUACAAUUUUACAUCAGCCAGUCUUGAUAUCAUGGGAUUAUUGUGCUAACUCAAAAGUGAUGUUACUUGCAGUAAGCACAGAUGAGAGUGCUAACUUAGCCAACUACAAAAGGAAACUUGGCCCUCUGUGAAAUGGGGAAAUGUUCAUUCCAGCUCAGUUCUGCAGGAGCUUAGCUCAACUGCUCAGCUCUACCAAAAUGAGGAACUUAAAUCUCUGACUACAAUGAUUACUUAUCUCUUAAUCUAAAAGCUAUCUAAGUCUUAUAUGUUAAAAUAAGUCAGCAGGAUAAUCAAUAUUGACAUAAUUACGGAUUAUUUCUUUCAACACACCCACCACUUUGCAGAGUUGGGGUAGUAUGGGUGUGAAAUAGUGUAUGUAAAAUCUGGCGGGUUUUGAUAAUGUUGGUUGGUUUUGCUGAAUUAUUUCUUUUUCCUUUUCUCUUUGUUAUAAGGGGUGGCUCUCUGGGAAGGAAAACAUUGGAAAAUGUGAUAUAAAUGCAAACUAUCAAUAAAAUUAUUUUAAAAUUAAAUGUGAA